AUGCGGUUAGCCACAAUUGCUCUUCUGAUAAUUCAAUUCGUUGAGAUUUCUCCGAAAGUGUGCUUGGAGAAAGAUUUGACGAAUGUGACCAAAUCGUUCAACAACAUCCGGGUGAUAACAGACAUAUACGAUUUGGACUAUGUAGAACGUUUGAAAUGCUACUUUCGAUCAGUCGUUUCGGAAACGGGGGUAGUGAGCUUCAUCUACGCUACGAACAUUUGUGAAGAACUUUUCGCGGGAGGAUAUAGCACUAUUCAUGGACUUGACAUAGUUAUCUCUGCUAACGGAGAGAUUCCUUCAUUCUGUCCAGCAGUAGUUAUUCACCCACUACCCAAUGUUAUGAAAAUUCAUGAAAUUGCCAAUGAACCCGGCAAACUACUUUUGAAUACUCUGCUUUCAACUCCUACAGGAAAUAUAGAAUUGAACGAGAUUGUGGAGAAGACUGGAAGUAUACCGAGGAUAUUCUUAGAGAACAUCUUAGAUCUGUGUUCAGUCUAUAAGUUCACCAACAUUAUCUCGAAUGUUCAAACCAAACACUCUUACGUUCAACGAAAGAUCCGGGAAAUUUCAAACUCUAUGCACAAAAAGAUUGUUGCAUCCACGUCAGACUGGUUGAUCGUUCUUUGGGUUUUUUUGCUUGGUGCAUAUGGUACAGCAGUUGCAUGGUAUGCUGUGACCGAACAGUCAAUUACAAAGGAUUCUACAAACUCCGGAAAUGAAUAUUCCCUCGAUUGUGAGGAUGGGAAAACUCAAAUGACCACACUAGGAUAG